ACCACUUCAGCCCUCCUACCGCAUCCCCAUCCCAUCCCAUCCCAUCCCCAUCACAUCCCAACCCCAGUGGCCAUCCACAAACCGCCGCCGUCCAUUUACCGGCUCAGCUCUCAUACAUACCGACCACCAUACCGUAUCGACAUCCUCUCACACGCGGUACAUACCUUAUUCGCACGUCCUUUCGGGUGAUAGCCAUGGUUGCUGGCCUAUCAUCGCCCGAUUAACGCGAUGUACGCACCUGCUUACGGCUAUGGCCCGGGGAACACGUCUGCACAAGCACAAGGACCCUUCAAUCCCAAUUCAUCUCUUCCCAAUAAUCCCAAUGGUGUCCCUCCACAACAGCAGCAGAACCAGCAGCCCCAUGCCCCUCUCUCCCACCACCACCUCCACCAGCAGCAGCAGCAGCAGCAGCACCAUCCGCAGAUGUAUAAUCCACAGGCCCAGCACGCUCAAGCUCAGGCUCAGGCCCAGGCUCAAGCUCAGCAAUAUGCCGCCGUUGGACACUCGUCUCCCUACGGCGGCGCGCCUGGUCCCAGCAUGGGCGGAAAUGCAGGUGCUAUGGGAAUGAUGCAGCAGAAUAACGGUAUGGCGCAGAUGCCCGCUUCCCACGUAUCUACCUAUCAAACCCCAUAUUCGAGCUCUCCUUACGGAGGAAAUAUCCCAACGUCAACUGGCGCGAACAUGCCUCCGAAUUUCAUGCCCACAGCCUCGAAUGCGCCGUCCUUCCCUAUGAAUGCUCCAAGCAUGAACCCACAACAUCAGGCUCAGCGCAUGCAACCACCUCCUAAUUCCUCUACACCUACACAACCAGGCCAGAGAGCAUCACCAUUUCCUGGUGUCCAGCAUAAUACCCCUCCGAAUGCCGGACAAGUGCAGUCACAAUUCUCGACACCUCAAAGCAACAAUCAGACACAUUUACAAACUCCAAAUCAUAAUCAACAAGCUCAAGGACAAGCAGUACUAACCCCACAAACACCAAACUUCCCGCCAGGAGCAAGUAGUGGUGGACCAGUUGCAACACCUUUAAGUCCAGGAUCGGAGUCGCGUGAGAAGGAGAGAGUCACCUUAUUAUUAGAGAUCAACAAUGGAUUACUGAAAGAAGUUAUGCGCGUCCAAGCAAUCCAAGCUGAGGUGAAGAAAGACGAGGCGGCUGCGGCAGCGGCAUCUCCCGACGGAGCAGACAAAGAAAAAGCGGAGAAGGAGAAGGCUGAAAAACUAAAGACACCGUCCAGGGAAUACGUAGAAUGCAUGCGCCGACUACAGUCAAACCUAGCCUACCUCGCAGCGAUUGCUGACCGCUCCCACAAACCAUCCUCACAAAUCCCUCCCCACCCCGCAAUCAUGAGCGCGCCGCCUCUCUCCCCCAAAUCAACCUCAUCCCCUUUGUCGGAAACCAAAAAAGAAGAGUCGGAAGACAGCAAAAAGCCAGACGAAUCACCAUCAGAAGACCACUCCGAAAUCCUCAAAGACCUGUACAAGAAACUGCAAGCCCUCUUCCCAGGCGUCGACCCCAAGAAAGAACCACCGAUCCCAGCAGCAAACCAGACUGCGCGAGCAGCCGCAGCACAGCAGCAGGGUAAUAAGCCAGCAGGGGAUCUGAACGCGCAGCAGAAGAUGCAGAAUGAUAUGUUGCGGCAGAAGAUGAUGCAGGCGCAGCAGAAUCAACAGCAGCAGAUGAAUAUGCAACAGCAGCAACAGGGACAGGUGCAAAGUCGGUAGUAGUCAAACUUAGCUUUUGAGGCGGAUAUAUAAAAUCUGGAGUUGUUGGAUAUUAUAGGAGUCGGCUGGCUGGGUUACUUUGCAUAGGUUUGUUGGGUGGAUGGACGGGGUUGGGCGCUUUGCCGUCGUUGUCAUUGUCUUUUAUUUGUGUGGUAUACCAGUUCGUUGAUUUAAGGUGGUGGUGUAUGAUGAGUUGGGUUUGGAAAAUGAAUGAAUGAAUGAGGGAGAGCUUUCCUCGAUGUUUUGAAUGUGUGGUUUUGUUUUAUUGUUUGGAUUCAGUCCGUGACGUUGAAAGUGUAAAAUUCUCU